AUGGGCGCCAUCUUCUCUCUUCUUCGGGACACCUUGGAUAUGGUAGGUUUGGUGUUGGUCAGCAUUGGCGAGAGCAAUGCCAUAUUUGUUGAUGCACUGCAGAGAAUCCGGUCUCCGCGUUUGCCAGCAACAAAUCCGACAAAGGCCUUCUGGCAAGAGAAGCCACCGUUUCCAGACCUAGUCAAUGUACAAUCAAAGCAGCUUCCGGCCUUGGCAGAUAUUGUCAUUAUCGGGUCCGGCCUGUCUGGUGCAAGCAUUGCGCACACCAUCUUGCAUGAAUCCUAUGCUAUGGGGGUUCCCCGACGGGUGACGAUUUUAGAAGGGAGGACAGUUUGUAGCGGUGCCACUGGCAGAAACGGCGGGCACAUCAAAGCUUCCCCACAUAUCGAAUACGCGAAACUGAAGAAGAGAUUUGGUGCAGAAAGUGCUAAGAAGAUGGUAUCGUUCAUGAUGAUGCAUCUCCCACUGCUCCUCGAUUUGAUCAAAAGGGAAGGGCACGAGAUUUCCGAAGCAAGAGAGGUCUUGGCUGUCGAUGCCUUUAUGGAACCGAACAUGUUACUCAAGGCAAGAGAGAUGAUAGAGGUAUUAAGGGCCGAUCUACCAGAUCUGGCGGAGCGAAUUACAGUAUUGGAUGCAGAGCUAGCACAAAAGGAUUACGGUUUUAGUGACCAUUGCGUCGGAGCGAUUUCGUACCCAGCAGGAGCUAUGUGGCCUUACAGGCUGGUCACCUCAAUCUACAACUCUCUGCUGUCCACCUUUCCUGGCGAGUUCUCGAUCGAGACAGGCACCAUGGUCGAAAAUAUUCAACCUACAAGGAGUACUGAAACGCCUUUUAUGUUAGUUACUUCUCGGGGAGAGAUACUGGCAGCUCAUGUAGUUCAUGCAUCAGAUGCUUUCGCCACCAAUCUUGUUCCUGGACUGAAGGAGAAGCUGUUCCCAAUACGUGGGCACAUGUCAGCUCAACGACCCGGAAAAGCAUUCCCACGCCACCAUGGUGAUAUCUCUUGGGCUAUCGUGGGGAAGUCAGACUAUGAGUAUGUCACGCAGAGGCCAGGUCUCCCGAAUAUGGAGGACGGCAUCGGAGGUGAGAUCAUGAUUGGUGGCGGAACCGUCCGUGCUGACGAUGGUAUCCUUGGCGAGGUAGGGCAAUGGGAUGAUAAUAAGACAGUCUACGCCAUUGGGGCAUACCUAGGCGGCAUCCUGCCGUUAGCAUUCAACCAGCACUGGUGGGGUGACGAUGCUGAAGGCUCAAGAGUCAAGGGAUUGUGGACCGGCUGCAUGGGAUUUACAGCUGACAUGUUACCUUUAGUUGGAAAACUAUCUCCAAGCCUCACAGGGCGGCCCGUGCUAGCAACGAAGACAGGGAGCAACAGUACGUGUGUCGAGAAGAACAUGCCGGAACCUGCGGAGUGGAUUUCUGCGGGCUUCAACGGCUCAGGCAUGGUACUGUCAUGGCUUAGUGGUGUUGCUACAGGUUUGAUGAUAGUGGGGCGUGAGCACGUCGAAUCCAAGGGGGAGCCUGGGCGACCUCAGGGCGCCAUGGCGGACUGGUUUCCAAAGGAAUUUGCUUGCAGUGCAACGCGGGUUUCCCAGCAAAGUGUAUAUAAGUUAUCAAAGCUGGCAUGA